GGAACAACUUCCUGGGCGGAGCUACCGGUUUUUACUUCCUUGUUGCACACCCCCUAGCAGUGCUGCACGAUGAAAAUAGUCAAUUUAUUGUACUUAUUUUCCACGUAUUUACUAGCGCACAGCAUUAACAUCGAGGAUAAUGCGGGGCAGUUCUUCAGUAGUGGCCAUACCAACAACUGGGCUGUUCUGGUGUGUACGUCCAGAUUCUGGUUCAACUACCGUCAUGUGGCCAACACGUUGUCCGUGUACAGAAGCGUUAAGAGGCUGGGAAUUCCUGACAGCCACAUAGUUCUCAUGCUGGCUGAUGACAUGGCUUGCAGCCACAGAAAUCCCAAACCUGCCACAGUGUUUAGCCACAAGAACAUGGAGCUGAAUGUGUACGGUGACGAUGUGGAGGUGGACUACCGAGGAUAUGAGGUAACAGUGGAGAACUUCUUGCGUGUUUUGACCGGAAGGCUGCCGCCCAGCACGCCACGCUCAAAACGGCUUCUCUCUGAUGACCGAAGCAACAUCCUCAUAUACCUGACAGGCCACGGUGGGAACGGCUUUCUAAAGUUCCAGGAUUCUGAGGAGAUUAGUAACGUAGAGCUGGCCGACGCAUUUGAGCAGAUGUGGCAGAAAAGAAGGUACAAUGAGCUCCUCUUCAUCAUUGACACCUGUCAGGGCGCCUCCAUGUAUGAGAGGUUCUACUCUCCAAACCUUAUGGCUUUGGCCAGCAGUCAAGUCGGAGAGGACUCCCUGUCGCACCAGCCAGAUUUGGCCAUAGGAGUCCAUUUGAUGGACCGUUACACCUUCUAUCUGCUGGAGUUCCUGGAGGACAUCCACCCUGCAAGCAAAACCAACAUGAAUGACCUGUUCAAAGUGUGUCCGAAGAGUCAGUGUGUGUCCACUCCGGGCCACCGUACUGACCUUUUUCUGAGGGACCCAGGAAGCGUCCUCAUCACGGACUUCUUUGGCAGCGUCCGCAAAGUCGAGAUCACCAUGGAAGCCGUCAACUUGAGCGACUCCAUCAAGCAUGAGGAGCAGAAGGAGCAGAGUCCUGUGAAUGGAGAGCUGCAGAGAGAGAGGUACUCCUAUGUGGACCAACUGCCAGUGUCUGAGAUCAUCCAUCAGAAACCAAAGCAGAAAGACUGGCAUCCUCCUGAUGGCUUCAUCCUGGGCCUGUGGACUAUAAUCCUGCUGGUGUUUUUCAAGACGUACGGCGUGAAGCACCUCAAACACAUCUUCUGAGGCCUCGAUGUUUAUGCCGCUGGAUAUCUGAGGACACGAGGCCGCAGACUGAGAACUUUCACUGAUGGGACAUUAGAGAAAAAGGUACAGAUUGUGACAGGCUUAUUUAAGCCUGAAAAUGGAAAGAAGAUGGAGGAGAUGGAGGAGAGGGGAUGUAUGGAACUACAACUGCUUGGCUGAAAACUGUGUGAGGCAGUUGGUGCCUUUUUUUUUAAUGUUUUGGGUGAUUGGCUUCUAUUAAUAAAAUGUAAACAUUUGUGUAUUAUCCCAGAUUUGAUUUGAGAAGGUACAAAUACUUGAAAGUCAUGCGUCAGAUGUGCAAAUUUCUAACUGUUUUAUGUGUUCUUUUUGACAAGGACAAAUAUUUAUUGCUUUUUUUUUUUUUUGUCUGAAGUUCAUCGGUUUUGUCGAGCCAUUCCGUGCAACUGCAUCGAUUUGGUUAAAAAUGCACUGAACUGAGUCAACAGAAUUUAAUUUAUCUUCCUCUUUGCUUAUUACAGCAGCAGCCUUUUUUUUUUUUUUUUUUUUUUUUUUUGUUUAAGUGCUGCUCAGAACGUCUGCCCAGGUCACAAAAAGAAAAUGAGGGACGGGGGAAGGCUGAUUGGCUGUGAGUGGGCUGUGGAGAGAUUACUGUUUAAUGCCUCCCUUGUCCAUAUACAUUACACCCCUUGACCGUCAUAUCACGCUUGUGAAGGAUAACAAUCGCACAUAAUCCCAUCUCGCAUGAUGGACCCAUCCACUUUCCCAUUCACUAAAUUGCCCUCCCUGUGGAAACAUCCAUUAGCUCUCCAGCCGUGUACUUCGCUGAUUGUAUUCUGGGUGAUGGACAGCUAUUUCCCCGGCCAUUCCACGUCUCGCGCUGCAGCAGCGAUAAGUGAGUGAUAACCUAGUAAGCCGCCGGCCUUCCCACAUGAAUCUCCUCUGCGCUGGGAUGUGUUUUCCUCUCUUUCUUGCCUUUCCCUUCAUGUGUAACCACUCUGCAUUAGGCUCAUUGUUGGGGGAGUGACUGAUGCUCAAAGCGUAUGGAUUGAACCUGCUGUAGUUUAUCUUUUCUUCCUUGGCGUGACGAUCCGCCCAUUGGGUGCCCGCUGCCCCUCUCCCUUGCGGCUGAAGUAGAAAAUGGAUGGAGUUUGAAACUGAACCAUAUGUAUUGGAAGGCAGCUGCUGCAUCAGCCACCAAGUACCUUUUCUUAUGCAUUAUUUAGACAAGGCUUAUUUGCUCUUCCUUUUUUCUCCUACUGUCUUAUUUUCUGCUAAUCUUAUUCUCCUUGCAGAGGGAGCAAGCUCAUUUUAUUUCCUCAAUUGGUUGGAAUUCGAUACCCUGAAUAAAGAUGAAACACUGGAUCAAA